AUGGUCUCGACUCUCGCGGGGAUUCGCUUCCCGCUUCUACCUUCGGCCUACAACAACAGCAACAACUCUGCUUCCUUGCAUUCCAGCUUCAAUGGCGAUCGGAGGACCUCCAGCCUCUCUCUCUUCCUCACCAACAGCUCCUUCUCUCGGAAGAUCUUUGCUGGAAAGCCUUCGUAUGAUUCUGAUUCGUCUUUAACGGUUGCUGCAUCAAAGAAAGUUCUUGUUUCUGAUAGCCAGAGUGAUGGCUCUUCAUCUGUGACAGAGCAAUUGGAAGCUCCCGGCACAGUUUCGGAGGAUCCUCAGGUGCUUGAGGAUGUAGAUAAUGUUGCAAUGGAAGAUGAUAAGAAGGUUGAGGAUGAAGCGAAGAAAAAUGCCACACAAAAGUCAAUUCCACCACCUGGAAAUGGGAAAAAGAUAUAUGAAAUAGAUCCACUUUUGGUGGGUUUCCGUGAUCAUCUUGAUUACCGUUAUGGACAAUACAAAAGGCUGCGUGAGGAGAUUGACAAGUAUGAAGGUGGCUUGGAGGUGUUUUCUCGUGGCUAUGAGAAGUUUGGGUUCACACGCAGUGCUGAGGGUAUCACUUAUAGGGAGUGGGCACCUGGAGCUAAGUCAUCGUUGAUUGGAGAUUUCAACAAUUGGAAUACGAAUGCAGAUGUUAUGAGUCAGAAUGAGUUUGGAGUCUGGGAGAUAUUUUUGCCAAACAAUGCAGAUGGCUCACCUGCGAUUCCGCAUGGUUCUCGAGUGAAGAUCCGUAUGGAUACUCCUUCAGGCAUUAAGGACUCCAUUCCUGCUUGGAUCAAGUUUUCUGUACAGGCUCCAGGUGAAAUCCCAUACAAUGGCAUAUACUACGAUCCACCAGAAGAGGAAAAGUAUGUAUUUCAACAUUCUCAGCCAAAGAGACCAAAAUCACUUCGCAUUUAUGAGGCACAUGUUGGAAUGAGUAGCACGGAGCCCAAAAUCAACACAUAUGCUGAAUUUAGAGAUGAUGUGCUACCACGCAUUAAAAGGCUUGGUUAUAAUGCUGUUCAGCUCAUGGCUAUUCAAGAGCACUCCUACUAUGCUAGCUUUGGGUACCAUGUUACCAAUUUUUUUGCACCUAGCAGUCGCUGUGGAACCCCUGACGAUCUGAAGUCUCUAAUAGAUAAGCUCAUGAGCUUGGUAUUCUUGUACUCAUGGAUAUUGUUCACAGGACAAACAGCACAUGUGCAAUUGAGCCAUGCAUCAAAUAACGUGUUGGAUGGGUUGAACAUGUUUGAUGGAACCAAUAGUCAUUACUUCCACUCUGGGUCCCGGGGAUAUCAUUGGAUGUGGGAUUCCCGCUUGUUUAACUAUGGAAGCUGGGAGGUUUUGAGGUAUCUUCUUUCCAAUGCAAGAUGGUGGCUAGAAGAAUACAAGUUCGAUGGGUUCAGAUUUGAUGGUGUGACUUCAAUGAUGUACACUCACCAUGGAUUGCAGGUGGCAUUUACUGGGAAUUACAAUGAGUACUUUGGAUUAGCAACAGAUGUAGAUGCUGUGACUUACUUGAUGCUGGUUAAUGAUUUGAUUCACGGGCUCUACCCUGAAGCUGUUACCAUUGGUGAAGAUGUUAGUGGAAUGCCAACAUUCUGUGUUUCUGUACAAGAUGGUGGUGUUGGAUUUGAUUCUCGCCUGCAUAUGGCUAUUGCGGAUAAAUGGAUUGAGCUCCUCCAGAAAAUGGAUGAAGAGUGGCAAAUGGGUGAUAUUGUUCACACACUCACCAACAGAAGGUGGCGGGAAAAGUGUGUUGCUUAUGCUGAAAGUCAUGACCAAGCUCUUGUUGGUGACAAAACAAUUGCGUUCUGGUUGAUGGACAAGGAUAUGUAUGAUUUCAUGGCUCUGGACAGGCCAGCCACUCCCCUUGUAGAUCGUGGAAUAGCAUUACAUAAAAUGAUUAGGCUUAUUACUAUGGGAUUGGGCGGAGAAGGAUAUCUGAACUUCAUGGGGAAUGAAUUUGGACAUCCUGAGUGGAUUGAUUUUCCAAGAGGUACUCAACAUCUUCCAAAUGGAAAAUUAGUUCCUGGGAACAAUAACAGUUUUGACAAAUGCCGACGUAGAUUUGAUCUUGGGGAUGCAAAUUAUCUAAGAUAUCAUGGGCUGCAAGAAUUUGAUCAAGCAAUGCAGCAUCUUGAAGAAACCUAUUGUUUCAUGACUUCUGAGCACCAAUAUAUAUCACGGAAGGAUGAAGGAGAUAGGGUUAUUGUCUUUGAAAGGGGAAACCUGGUGUUUGUCUUCAAUUUUCAUUGGAGUAAAAGCUAUUCAGACUACCGAGUUGGCUGCUUAAAGCCAGGGAAGUAUAAGAUUGUCUUGGAUUCAGAUGAAAAAUUAUUUGGAGGUUUCAAUAGGAUUGAUCACAGUGCUGAGUACUUCACGACUGACGGGUGGUUUGAUGACCGGCCUCAUUCUUUCCUGCUAUAUGCACCUUGUAGAACAGCUGUGGUCUACGCUCUCGUAGCGGGACCUGCUAAAGACUGA